AUGUGUGGAAGCGAGUCUAAUGGGGGUGGACCUGGCAGCCGUCACUCGUGUUGGGUUGGCAUCGAAGGACAGGCCUACGAUAUUACGGCCUUUCUCCAAUCCGGUCUGCACCCCGGAGGGAAUGCUGUUCUUCUCAGAUAUGCAGGAAGGGACGCCACGAAGGCGUUCAUUCCAAUUCACCCCAGUGGCGUACUGGAGAAAUUUCUCUCUCCUGAAUGCUUUCUCGGCGAAGCCAAAGCAAGUACGCCCUCCGAGCCUGUAGACUUGAAGCCACCAAGUAAUGAUGGCAAACCUAAACUCAAGUCCAUCGUCAAUCUUCUCGACUUCGAGGUUGCCGGAGAGAAGACCCUCUCAGCUCAAGCUUUUGUCUUCAAAGCUGGCGCGGAUUCAGAGAAAACUGUACAAUGGAAUCGUGACUCGUGGUCCGCCAUUCGCUUCAGACCACGAGUUCUAGUCCCCGUUGAGACGAUCGAUUUAUCGACCACGCUAUUUGGUUGCAAGAUUGGCGCACCGUUCUUCAUCUCACCUGCUGGAGGAGGCAAACUCGCUCACCCUUUGGGAGAGGUAUUGAUGGCCAAGGCAGCAGCAGAACAUAAUAUCUUACAUUGGGUCUGUAACAUGGCAGGUUCUACUAAGGAGGACAUUGCCUCGGUUCGUGGUCCUACUCAGACGACAUUCUGGCAGAUCUACGCUAUGACCGACCUCGAAGUGACCGCACGAGAGGUCAAACAAGCAGUCGCUCUCGGCUAUAAAGGUUUUGCUCUUACUGUCGACGGCGUUUACAUGGGCAAGCGCGAACGUGAUCUUCGGCUCGCUGCGGCUGAGAGUGGGGACGAUGAUGAGGAAAGUAAUGGCGGAAUAUCUGCAACUAGGUCACCCGUCUACCUCAAGUUUUCGUGGACAUCAGCUGUGAAGUGGCUCCGAAGUCUCACCGACCUUCCCAUCGCUAUCAAGGGCAUCCAAACUCACGAAGACGCUGCUCUGUGUAUGGCACACGGCGUGCAGGGUGUCUGGCUGAGCAAUCACGGUGGCCGACAACUGGAAGGAGCUCCAUCAGCUGCUGAAACUUUGGUCUCAAUCAGAGAGAAUUGUCCUGAGGUCUUCGACAAGUGUGAGGUCAUCGUUGACGGUGGCAUCACGCGAGGUACCGACGUCGUGAAAGCCCUGGCGAUGGGGGCCAAAGCUGUCGGUCUUGGACGUCCUUUCCUUUUCGCACUGGCAUAUGGACAACCAGGAGUCCGUAAAGCCAUAGAGAUUCUGUACAAGGAAGUUGAGACGACGAUGGCGCUUGUUGGGGUAACCUCUGUGGAUCAACUUAAACUGGAACAUGUCUGUGGGUCGUAG